AUGGCGUCGUGGCUCGAGACUCUGCGGUCGCUGACGUCGGACGUCGAGCGCGAGCUCUUCUCCGUGCUUCGGCGCUACGGACGCCCAGAAGACUGCACGCCCGAGCACGUGGUCGUGCCCUGCACGCUUGCGCUGCGCCUGCACCCAAGCGACCCCGAGUUCCCAUUCGCGCUCGCCAACGGCCUCGCGAUCUGGGUCGCGAUUCCGGCCGCGUACCCACACGAGGCCGCGACGUUCCGAGUCCACUGCGACGUCGCCGGCUUUGAUGCGCUUUUCUCGGCGCGGAUAGCAUCGGCGCUCGAUGCGGCCAUGGCCGACUGCGUCGGCCACCUCGUCCUCCGCAAGCUCCUCACGUGGCUCGACAACCAUUUGAAGGAGCUCAUCAUGCCGCCCAAGCCAGCAGAGGUAGCUGACGACCAAGCAGAAACUCCUAUGGAUGAGACCGAUAUCGUCACGGCAGCGACGGAGCACAUGAACGCCAAGCCGCGUGUCGCCAAUGCCAACGACGCCGCCGAGCACAAGCACGACAAGCACGAUGGGGCCAUCGAAACGGGUGUCGAUGAUGAAGCCAAGAGUAGCGACGAUGACGCCAAAGACGAAAGCGAUGACGGCGACGAUGACGAAGCCAAGAGCGAUGCCGACGCCAAGGGCACUGGCGACGACGACGAGGUGGACGGUACGCCCAUGUGCAAGUUUUUUCUUGCUGGCAAGUGCCGGCGUGGCGACCACUGCAAGUUUGCACACGUCGAUGCCACGUCAUCGUCGUUGGAGGAGAAGAAGAAGAAGAAGCGCAAGCGCCGCGGUCCAUCCAAGGCCAUUUGUCGGCAAUUUCUCGAUGGCAAAUGUCGUCGCGGCGCCAAGUGCCGGUACGCGCACCCACCCCUCUCUACCGAAGACGCCGCCGAGGACGAAGGCGAAGACAACGCAGCAAACUCCAACGACGAACAAGUCGAAAUGCUGGCUCCAUCACCCGAAGACUGGUCGGUCGACCAGCAGCACGCGCUCGACGCCGCGCUCAAGCAAUUCCCUGUCGGAUGCCUCGACACCAAGCCGCGCUGGGAAGCCAUCGCUGCCUGCGUGCCGCACAAGUCGCUCAGCGACUGCGUCAAGCGCUUCAAGUACCUCACCGCGCUCGUCAAAGCCAGUAGUUCGCGCGUCGAGACGCCACCGCCGUCGCAGCGCCCCGCGUCCGACAUGGACGAAGACAAGGACGAGGAAGAACUUGCCAAGCACGACGAGACGCGCGACGCCCGCAUUGUGCCCGCGCACGCGCGCGUCAAGCUGGAUUUGGUGCCUGACGUCUCGGCCUGGCACAUUGACCUCGGCGCGCUCUUUCUGUACCAGAUCGACACGGCGCAAUUGCACGCAAUCUCCGGUCGGUUCCAGUGCCUCAACUGCCCGCUUUCAUUCCUCGCGACGCUCUCGCUGGACGCGCCGUCGUACAAAAAGUGGUGCCCCCGCUGCAGCCUCCUUCACACUGUCGAGUUUCGGCCGAUCCUCGUGCACGGCGCCAACUCGCUCGCGGCCAACAUUUCGUCCAUCAACUGCGCGCUCGUCGACGUGAGCACGCCGCUCGUGUGUCUAGCGCUCUGCUCCGGCUGCGGCGUCGAAGGUCUCUUGUCGGCGGUGCCCCGUAUCCGCGCCGAGGCGUCGUGCCGCGGCUGCCACGCCAAGAUGGCGCUCGAGUGCAAGGCCGCGACGAUCUGCAAGCCAUCGAGCGCACCCGACGUCCCGGUGUUUGACAUGGGGAAGAAGACCAAGAAGACCAAGACGCCCAGCGAAAAUGUCUUCGUCGUCGGUCAGCCGCUCCCAAACGAAGGCAAGUGCAGUCAUUACGGCAAGUCGAAGCGCUGGUUCCGGUUCCAGUGCUGCGGUACUGCGUACGCGUGCGACAUUUGCCAUAGCGAGUCGACGUGCCACCAAGCGACAGCCGGCGUCUUUGCGAGUCGCUUCAUCUGCGGCCUCUGCUCGCGCGAGCACCCGACGUCGCUCAAAGAGUGUCCGUGCGGCAACGCUGUCGGCGCGGCGGCCAUCAAGGUCCACUGGGAAGGCGGCAAGGGCUGUCGGUCCCAAGCCACCAUGGCAGCCACGGACAAGCACAAGUUCCGCGGUCUCGCCAAAACGCAGAGCCAAAAAUGCAAGCGCGUUGGCCUCGAAGGCAAACUCCGCCGCGAACGCAAGCUCGAGAAACAACAUGGCGCCUAGUCCUCGAGGAGGCUACGACGUUGAAACAAAUGUAAGAUACGGCAUCUUAAUGAACGCAAGCAUACUACUAUCUAUGUCUAUCUAACUAGCUAUCCAUCAAUCUAUCAUCGAUCUAUCUCGCUCUCUCGGUGGCACACGAGAGCCACUCAGAAGCCAC